GCGCUCAUUGGCCGCGGGACGGCGCUGCCGGGCGGCACCAUGUUGGGGAGGUGGCGGCCGCGGCCAUGGCCAUGGAGCGCGGGUGCGGGGCACCAGAAGAUGCUUCAGUGGUGAUACUUCUGUCACAAUGCAAGUUAUGAAUGAAAUCCGUUAACUACCAUCCCCUUCCUCACCCUGAUCUCCGAUAGACUUCCUGUAACGUCUGGAAGAAGGGGUCAGAGGAGAAGGGUUGAAGGUCACCAUGAAGCUAAAGCAGCGAGUUGUGUUAUUGGCCAUCCUCCUUGUCAUCUUCAUUUUCACGAAAGUUUUCCUCAUUGACAACUUGGACACCUCAGCUGCCAACCGAGAGGACCAGCGCGCCUUUCACCGUAUGAUGGCAAGCCUCCAUGUAGAACUGGACCCCCGGCUCGACCACACACUGCAGUCCCCUUGGGAGAUCGCAGCCCAGUGGGUGGUACCCCGGGAGGUGUAUCCGGAGGAGACGCCUGAGUUAGGAGCUGUUAUGCAUGCCAUGACAACAAAGAAAAUAAUAAAAGCUGAUGUGGGAUACAAAGGGACCCAACUGAAAGCUUUGCUCAUACUUGAAGGAGGACAGAAGGUUGUCUUCAAACCCAAGAGAUAUGCGAGGGAUUAUGUAGUGGAAGGAGAACCAUACGCUGGCUAUGACAGACACAACGCAGAAGUGGCAGCCUUUCACUUGGAUAGGAUUCUGGGUUUCCGGCGAGCACCACUGGUGGUUGGCAGGUUUGUGAAUCUACGUACAGAGAUCAAACCAGUAGCCACAGAGCAGCUCCUAGGUACCUUCAUGAAUGUGGGUAAUAACACUUGCUUCUAUGGGAAGUGCUACUACUGCCGGGAAACAGAGCCAGCUUGUGCAGACGGGGACAUCAUGGAGGGGUCAGUAACGCUGUGGCUACCAGAUGUCUGGCCUCUACAGAAGCAUCGGCACCCAUGGGGUAGGACUUACCGUGAAGGCAAACUGGCCAGGUGGGAGUAUGAUGAAAGCUACUGUGAUGCGGUGAAGAAGACUUCACCCUAUGACUCGGGCCCCCGUCUCCUUGAUGUCGUUGACACCGCUAUCUUUGACUAUUUGAUUGGGAAUGCUGACCGACAUCACUACGAGAGUUUCCAGGAUGAUGAAGGAGCCAGUAUGCUCAUCCUCUUAGAUAAUGCCAAAAGCUUUGGAAACCCUGCCCUGGAAGAAAGAAGCAUCUUGGCUCCUCUUUAUCAGUGCUGCAUCAUCCGAGUUUCUACCUGGAACAGACUCAAUUACUUGAAGAAUGGAGUUUUGAAGUCUGCCUUAAAAACUGCUAUGUCGCAUGACCCUAUCUCUCCAGUGAUUUCGGACCCUCAUCUGGAUGCUCUAGACCAGCGGCUUCUCAGCGUUCUGGCUACAGUGAAGCAGUGCACAGACCAGUUUGGGUCAGAUGUUGUGCUGGUGGAAGACAGGAUGACGCUGUCUCAUUUGUAAUUGUGGUGGAACACAGAUGAAACUCCUUUUUAAAAAAAUAAACAAAAAAGCGAUAGAAAAACAGCACAAUCUGUUUGGAAAGGCUGUGGCCAAGAUGGACUGACAUAAGCCAGAGGAGUAGGGGUGAUGCUGGCUUUUACCUUGGGCUGACAGCAAGUGAGGGGUGGGAAGUUGGAGCCUUGAAUGGCUCAGUACCCGUAAUGGCAUCGCAGCCGUUGUGGUGUGUCCAUUGCCGGCAGUGGACAUGGCACUGGAUGAAAAUGGCUCUUGGUGUUGGUGGAAGUGUAUGGAAUACAGGCACUAAUUUGUGGACUGAAUCAAGAGGGGACAAACGGAGAUGAACAGUCUGAUUCAGGGUUGUACGUAAUCAGCUGUGAGCUGGUUAGGCGGUUUACUGUUUCUUCAGAGGAAGAGGAAGCAGUGAAUAAAACAAUUAUUAGACUGAAGAGUUGUGCCACCCCCCACGGGUGGGAUGUUCUUCUCAAUGCCAUUAGGGAUGGGAAAGGGGACCCCUGCUGCUCUCUUGUCUUUUCUUUGAUAAAAGGCUAGGAAUGGGGUUUGCCUCAUAUGUGUUGAUGCUUCAGUGUUUUCGCUGAGGUCCUAUCAAAGAUUUAUCCACAGGGUUGGCAGUUUAGGGGAGGAUAGGGUGGUUAUACAGCACUUGGUAAGUAAGCGGUUAAAGUAAGUUUCCAUGUGUCCUGUCACUUGUUUUCCAUUUAUAGGGAAUCUGACAAGCUCCAAGUAGAGAAAAUAUCCUUGCAGCCCUGUGUCCCUAGUAAGCAAACCUUCAUUGUAUUGCAGAUGAGGAGGAGGACAGCGCCUGUCCUUGGAAGCAGGCUCUGAUUAGUGAGGGUGUGCUGCUUGCUGUGCACCCAGAUCAGCGUGGAGAAUUGAGGUGUGUUGUGCUGGCAAAAGGGAGCAUUGCUUGACAUCCCCACAGCCCAGGGUAAAGCCCCAAUGAGUGGGGAGAAUCCUGAGCUGUGCUCUUUCCUCAUCAUCUCCUGUGAAGGGACCUUCCUGCUGCUCCGUGUUGUAGCCACAGUUGUGUGGAUGCCAGCAGUUCUUCAGUCCCACUGUCUACCUGGCCUGGCUUGUGGCUGAGCUGUGAAGCUGUGGGCACUGUCAGUAAGUUUUGUGCCUUCCCCAGCUGCUUCUUGUAAUCCCUACUGUCUGUCAUGUUCCAACUGGGGCAGUCAUCCUGGGGUUCUCACUGCUAAUGGUUUUGCCAUAGAUAGGAGAGAAUUGGUGUAAGCUGGCUUUUCAGGGCAGACUUGUAGCACUGCUAGUCCCAUCAUCUUUCAGCACUGCAUCACCCUGCACUGCAGAUGAGCUUGUGGCCAUAAAACUUGUCACCUGGUGGUAGGUCUGAAUCUGUGGAGGGAAGCAGCUUCAUCAUUACGUUUCCAAAUUUAGCAGCUUUACGUCAAUUUUCAGCUCAGACUACGUGGUCCUUGGGCGUAAGGCAAGAACUCGCUUCUCAAAGUGAUGAUGUAUUAUUGGACUUGUGAAUAGGAGCAGCACAAUGUCACUUUAAGGCCUUUUCCUUGUCUGUGAGACUCUAGCACUACAGGAGUGUGGAAGGUGGGUCAAGAGCUGCUGCUGUGUCUCAUCAUAGAGGUGUUGGUGAAAGAGUUUAUUUUAUAAAUGCAGGUUUAUUUUGUUGAAGUCUUUUUAUCAUCACCUGAGCACUGAAAGCAGAAUGAAACUGCUGACCGGAAAUUGAAUUUUAUGUUGUUUUGGAUCUCUCCUGGCCUUGGCUGCCCCACAGUCAGGGUGGCACCUGUCGCUGUUUAUUGGUGUUAGCAGCCAGAGCUGUAAGGCACAGACAGCUUUUAGGACACUGCUGCUAAGCUGGUGCCUGUUUAUUGCUUUACACAUGCUUUGGAAGCCAUGGUUCUGCAGUGAGUUUAACCCACCGCUGUGGAUUGUGCCUUGUGGGUUCCCUUAGGGCAAGAGGGAGUGCGCUCAGUGGCUGGCGAGCAUGGGCAGGAGCCAGGCAGGAAUUGCCCGCUCCUGGGCUAGCCUGGUGCUUGGCCGGCCUGCGGGUUCAAUGACUGAGCCAAACACAGUGGGCAGCAAUCAGGUGCUUAGGGAGUGCUUUUACUGUAAAGCAGAAUGAAUACACACUGAGGCAUUUUGGCAUGAACUGUUUCCCAAGAAACUGAAGAUGAUAUACAGAAAGGGGAGACAGUGAAGCAUGUGGUAGUGGCUCUGCAGCAUUUUAAAAACCUGUUCAUCUCUCUGAGCUUAAUCACGAGCACUUAAUAUUUUGGGAAGGAUCUUCCAACAUCUGAAGUUUUGGUUUAUAAAUGAUCACUCUUUGAUGAUGUACAUUUGAUUUAAUAAGGGAUUCCACAAAGUCUGUCUUUAUGAAAUUAGAUAGAUCAGUGUUCAGGGCAUAUGUAUUGCUUCUUUAUGGGGCUCUAAGCUGAAGCUUUUGCCAUCAGGUGGAACUCAGGGAGAUGAGUUUUCCCCAGUAUGAAUUUCAAAAGAUUUAUGGCACUGGUUUACUUGUGGGGGAAAAAAAAAAAAAGGGCAUGGCAUCUGGCAGCAGCAGGAGGAGGCAAGAACCGGCUGGUGUUUUUGUCAUGUUGAUGAUUCUGGUCACUGUAAGCACCACUGGAGCUUGGUGUUCUGCAGCAGGAAGGAAGAAUAAAUUCCUUUCUUACCCAAAGUCAGGAAGAUCUGAUUCUGGCCUUGUGAUAAGCUCUGGGGUUCUGGCAGUAGUGUUGUUUUUCCUGAAUACGGAACCAUGAGAAAUUUUAAAAUCACUUGUAACCAUUGCAUAGGGAAUCGGAAGCAGCACCCACAUGCAAACAGGGUCUACUUUAACCUCUAACAAAUAGCAUCACCUGUGAGACAGGUGUUGUGCUCUGUCAGUGAAGUAUUUAUGACACCUUCCAAUUCUUUGCUGUGCAGGCUGUAAUUCGCUGGUCCCAGAUGUUACAGAAUGGUUGUAUUGUGGAUAAUGGUAAUAUCAGAGCGCUGGAAGCACGGCAAUCAAGAACUAAUUAAAGAGAGAGCAUCAUCAGCCAUCUGCUAUUUAUCUCCUCCUUCCAAAGUCAGCAGUUGGGCUGGAGGAGAUGCUGAAGCCGGCUCCUCUUCCAGCUGCUAAUGAACUGGAGUGUGUCUUGCCAAACAAAUUUCAACUGAAAAACACUAAUUUAUUAAGAAGGUAAUUUAUUUGCUGUGGCAGCUGGAGCGAGCUGCUGGAAAUGUAACCCCUCUUGGAGCUGUCAGAGGAUUGCCCCUGGGAGCAGCCACACAAAUGGAAGCUGUAAUAAGAAAACAGAAUGCAAUCAGGACUUUCUACUUAUAUCCCCCGGGGUCAGAUUCCGCAUAAAGCAACAUUGUGUGAAUAAAGAUUUUAAUAAAGCAACAUCAAUGGAUUAUUUAAGUCAUUUGU